AUGUACAAUCAGACAGCAACAUGGCUGCUGGAUAAUACACCAUCCAUAGACAGUAAUUGUUAUCUAACUCAGUCCUGCUGUAAACUGGUCGUCUUCUUUCUUCCCCGCUGUUAUAAUUUCUCCUUUCAUAAUCCCAAUUCUACCAAUUCUCCUUCCUUUCUUACAUUUUCUUUGAUCCUUCUUCUUCCAACUCGUCCUUUUGAUUCACGAUUUCCUUUGCUUUUUCUUUCACUUAAUUUCUUGCCACUUAAACCUGACUCUCCAACUUUUAUAUUUUUUCUCAUCUCAUCUUUUUUUUUACUUUCUUUUUACUUUCUUCAUUCUUUUCUAUUUCACACUAAAAUCUCAUGCAACAUUUCUUUCUUUUUUUCUCAUAAUUUCCGUUAUUUUUAUCUUUCUAUAUUUUAUGCUUUCUUUCUUUGUAGCUUGAUUGCUUUUCUUUCUUUUUUUAUUUCAUUCUUAUUUGCCCUCUUUUCUUUCUUUUCUAUCUUACUUUGUUUUAUAACACUUAAAAUUCAUUUCGAUAUGAUUCCAUUCAUUCAUUCUUUCAUCCUUUUAUUUCUCUCUAAUAUCACAUUUUUAUCUCUCUUUCUCUUUCUUUAUAUUUCUUUCUUUUUUCUUUCUUUCUUUCUUUCUUUUUAUUUCUAA